GCGGUUGGGGGGGGGGAAAGGGGCGCUGCCCGGGGCCGCGGGGCGGGGGCGUGAGGAACGGCGGCAGAGCCCGCCCCGAGGCCGGAGCGGCGGCAGCACGGGCCCGGCCGCUGGUCCUCAUACCAAAAAGGACUAAAUCCUUUAUUUAAUAUUAAGCCACUGAAACAACAUUUGUGCUUCUCCACAUUGGCCUCCUAGCCGAACCCACAGUAGCUCUGCAUUUGAUUUUACCAUUGCCCUCCUCAUACCUGUUUCCAGUUUUCACUUUCAGGUUUGUCCUCUGCUGCAGAGAGAAUCAGAACAAUGUCCUAUGUUUUUGUAAACGACUCUUCCCAGACAAACGUGCCGCUGCUGCAAGCUUGCAUCGAUGGAGAUUUUAACUAUUCCAAACGACUGUUAGAGAGUGGUUUUGACCCAAAUAUUCGUGACAGCAGAGGCCGAACUGGCCUUCACCUUGCUGCAGCCAGAGGAAAUGUAGACAUCUGUCAACUCUUGCAUAAAUUUGGUGCUGACCUACUCGCCACUGAUUACCAAGGUAACACAGCCCUUCACUUGUGUGGGCAUGUGGACACCAUCCAGUUCCUAGUUUCUAAUGGACUUAAAAUUGAUAUUUGCAAUCACCAAGGUGCAACACCGCUCGUUCUUGCAAAACGAAGGGGUGUGAAUAAAGAUGUGAUCAGACUGCUGGAAUCUUUAGAGGAGCAAGAGGUGAAAGGAUUUAACAGAGGAGCUCACUCAAAGCUGGAAACAAUGCAGACUGCUGAAAGCGAAAGUGCGAUGGAAAGCCAUUCCCUACUUAAUCCAAACCUACAGCAAGGUGAAGGAGUUCUUUCCAGUUUCCGCACAACAUGGCAAGAGUUUGUGGAAGACCUGGGCUUCUGGAGGGUGCUGCUCCUCGUCAUUGUUAUUGCUCUUCUGUCGCUUGGAAUAGCGUAUUAUGUUAGCGGGGUGCUGCCGUUUGUAGAAAACCAGCCUGAAUUGGUGCACUGACGCAAAUGCAAAGAAGGGCACCAUGCUUUUCCCUGUUCUAAUCUCGUUUUGAGCAUCUUGGAAUUAGUGUCUUGGUGCAGGCAGUGGCAGCUGUAUAUACUGUUUGCCUUUUGUACUUAUUAUUAACCCUUUUGAAAGAAGGAAUAAUUAAUUUCAAGUAAAACACUAAAUUCUAAAGCAUUCCUAAGCUACCUCUGACUUGACCUGGAAGCAGGAUAUGAAGUCCUGACUGUUGAUAAAAUAUUAUGAUUAGAAGAGGCCUAUCAUAAUGAAUAUUAAAUUCACAAGCAUGAAAAAUGUAUCCCAGUACAGAACCAAAUUUCUUUCCCCUAUGAAGAGAGGUUGCAGUUUUUGUUUGUGCUUCAGUUGAAAGAAAAUUAUUCUUUUAAAUGUUCUCUUCAAGAAAUCUGAAUAAUAUAAUAAUCAUUCUGAGAUAUAGACAGUAACAAACUGAAACUUAGUAGUUCUUUUAGUGCCUCUCCAUAGUUUCAUAACUGCUUGUUUAUAAAAGGAACGAGAAAUAGUUCAAGUUUUAUUAUGUCUUUAACGUAUAAAUCACUCCUUUAUUUAUUAGGUUAAUGUGGUGCUUAUUCCCCAGAUGAAUUUGAUGUUGUUAAUACCUGCCUGUAGUAGAUUUUGUAGAAUGAAGCUGUUUGUUGUGCUUUGGAAGCAAAGCUGUUUCAGCCUUAGGCUGAAAUUUUUGCCUUUUUAUUUGAAAUGUUACUAAGUAAACGUUUCUCUGUAGGGCUGGUUAGGAAGCGGUUUAAGUGUUCUGCUCCAUAAAUAACAGUUCUGUAAGGCCAUUGUCUUUGUGAAGUAUGUCAUGAAGGAUAACUUUUUCUUCCUCCCCCAAGGACCAGACUGUACCAUAGAACUGUACCAUUUUCAUCUUUAUAUGAAUUAUUUUCUGGGCAUGCAGAAUAAAACUAUUUAAAUGUUAAUAUUUAGGAACAUUGUAUGAAAUGAAAUCUUGCUCCAUUCUGUACUUUGCUGUAAAAUCCUUUAUUUGUAAAUAACCUAGGGAUAUGAAUCAGUUAAAAUACUCUUUUAUGAAGGUAGAAAAGCACUACGUAGUAAGUUGGAGGUUUUCAAGGAAAGCAGAUUCUCUCUUCUCAUGAUUAGACGUCUGACUCCCUUUGUUGCCAUUGCCUUGAAAAUCCCAAACAAAAUGAAUUCUGCAGACCUAAUGAACCAAAUUUUUCUUUACUUAGCCACUCCUAAAUUGUUGCUAAAUAACAUCAAACAUUUAUAACAUUAUAAAUUACAGUAAGUAGUGAUAGAAGGAAGUUUCAUCUUUCUGUUCUGCCACGAUGUAUAUUUUUUCUUUGUUUAUGGGUUUGACUGAAGAGGGUGGUUGUCUUUUUUUGAUGUGUGGCAGGGGCUUCACUGAGCUGGGGCCCAUUCUGAACUGCAUCUGAGUAAUUGUUGUUCUCAUUUCUUAAGUUAGAGGCUAGUGAAAGGAUACUUUUCUAGCAGCUGUGAUGGUGCAUAAAGGGAAGCCUCUUAAAAAAAACAAAGCAAAACAAAAAAAACAGAGCAUACUCCUCUCCUGAGUAUUUCAGUUAUUGUGUAUCUGUUCAUGAACAGAGAAACAGAAACUCAUAGUAUGCCUAAAUUACAUUUACUUCUCUAAAUAAGUAAAUUUCUGUUACUAGUACUCUGUAUCUUGAAUAAUUAUGUUGUCUUUCAGUAUGUAUUAUCUGCAUAAUUUGUAAUUGUAUUCUCAGUAUGGGCCACAAAUAAAUAUAUGUAGUAAAUA